AUGAAAGUCGUUCGUUUUCUCCAGCAAGAGCUUGUUAAUGUUGCACAAGAAGAUGACGCUGUACAAAACGUGAGUGACAAGAAACAAAGAGCAACACUACACAAGUCGAAAACAAUGCGUUGGAGUGAGUAUAUGCCUGAUUCAGAUACUGUAUACAAUACAAAGAAUGUUGCCGAUAUGCACUAUUUGUUCACAAACGAUAAGCUACAGAAAGAGUCACCCGCGAUUGUUUUUCAAUGCGAUCCAUUUUGUAUUCCAAGAGUAACAGACAAUGUAUCGGAUUAUCGACCAACACUUAAUCCUUUGAGUAUUUUCUUGCGAGAGGAUCCAUUGGUACCGCGUAAUUUACGAUUAGAUCCAACAGAGACACUACCAAGUGGUGAAGACACUGUCGUAUCAACGAAUAAAGCGGUAAAAGAAGUUUUAUUACCUUCAUCCGAAAGCUUGUCGUCAUCUACAAGUUCUGAAAGACAAUAUAAAGGCAAGGCAAGUGCAUUUAUGGGCACAAUGCCGCGUCAAGUGGAUUAUACAAAGAAUCUGGUGGCUGAAAAACGGUGUCAGAAUCAUGAAAUAUAUAGAAUCUUGCCAUCUUUAUCUUGGGUCUCAUCUUACAGCAGGCAAGUUACGAAUAACUCGGAAGAAGAUCAAAAUUUGACAGUGAGUUUAGACGGAACGAAUCCUUGCAUGUCUAGUAUCUCUGUCUUACUUUCUGACGUAAUGUUGUUGUCGAUCCAGCAUAUGUUUGAUACUAUGAAUGGUAGUCUUGCAGUGGCAGAUAGCACUAUAUCUUUGAUAGAUAGUGAUCUUGACAUUGUGCCUUCUAUAUUACCCAGCAAAUCAGUCAAUUCAAGAUGCGAAAUUGAGCCACUUCAGCCGUUGGAUUCUACUGCUGAUGCAUUGACUGACAACCUAGCAAUUCGCAAUGUGAAUGUUUGCUCCUUGAAAGAGAAACAAUGGCAUUUUCAAAUAGAAAGUUUCGAUCCUGUUGGAGAAAUGAAUGGAUAUGCUAUAGACUCUUCCAUUCCAUCAAAUGUUUAUGACUCCAAUACAACAGUUGAAAACAAAGCUAGAGACUUGUAUACUGAUCAAAUCAUUUCCAGAGCUGACUCAGCAAGUGAGAAACAGGAUAUUUCGACAUUCCUGUCGGUGGUUGGAGCUACUUCCCUCUCAACAUCAAAAGGCAGUACCUUUGAAAUGCACUCUGGUCUCAUUACUUGUCAAAGGAAUAUGACACGAGCUGGUUUGAAUGGAAGAAUAAAAAAAGCUCGUCACAAGAAUGUCCUUCGAAUCUGCUCAAUCACAGGCUGUUCAAAAGGUGCUCGUGGAAAGUCGGGAUUAUGUCAAAAGCAUGGAGGUGGCAAACGUUGUGCCACACCCAAUUGUCCGAAAGGAGCACAAGGUAGCAGUACGAUGUGCCUCUUUCAUGGAGGAGGUUAUCGCUGCACAAUUGAAGGGUGUACGACAGGGGCUCGUGGUACUUCUGGUCUCUGUGCUAGACAUGGAGGUCAUAAGAAGAGAAUGACUGGUAUCACAAUAUCGAUCGAUGUCAAACGAGUGAUCAAGUUAUGA